AUGUCGCCUGCCGAGACCGUUCAGCAAGCCGUUGCUGGCCAGCAGUCCGCAGCUUUACCCAUCCUACUGGACUCCUUGCCGGCCGAGACCCUAAUCGAGAUCCUCUCAUACACCGACUUUGAGACGUUCGACCACAUCCGCGCCACCAGCCAGCGGCUCAGGUCCGUCACCGACUUACACUGGUACCGGAUCCUCCCCAGCAUCAUCGAACGCGACUUCCACCCCGUCAAAGAGUUCUUCGACACGCUCUUCGACGCGGACGUGCCGGACGGCAUGACCUGCGCCCGCCUGCUGGACUUCUGCCGGGUCGUCAAGCGCUGGGAGGCCGAGUACCCGCGGCUCCGCUUCGCCAGCGUGCCCAUGUUCAGCCGGAGCCUCCGGCCCCACGAGCUCGGCCGGCUGCGCCAGGCGCUGUAUCUCUGGUGGAAGUUCGCGCGUAUUUUCCAUGGUCAUGCGACCUGCGCUGUUGAGAAUAGUGUCGAUGCCAGGCGUGCGUAUAUGCGGCAGUUUUCUUCGGCGAGGUUGCACGAGGCUUAUGAUCUGUGGGAAACGGUCCGUCGAGCCGUUGGGGGGAGAGUGUGUCCUUCCAUUACCGCCAUCAUGGGGCUUGAAGACAAGUUCUUGUCAAAGGAAGCGGGAGCGCGCAUUGGGUGGGGGGACUACCCCGUCAAUAGCGAUAUCGUCAACACCAUGAUGAAGUUGCUGCCCGAUGAUAUCCUCCACCUGCUUGUGUAUCGGCACAGGUAUGCCACCAAAUCAAGCGUUAUCGACUUCAUCAGGUUUCGACACCCACGGAUCGAGGAGAACGUUGCGACCUUCGGGGAAGCCACUGUGAACGUCUUCCGGGAACGUGACCUGUCGUUCCUGGGGCCGUUUUCCCAGGCUGGGUUUCCAGAACCCUAUGGCGGCAUACUCGAUCACAGACACCUCAGGGUGGAAGCGCGGCGUGUUGUCCACGAUGGUGACGCUGGUGUAGGCGAUGCCAACUACCCUGGGCUCUCCUCCAUCACUAGGCGUGGAAGAUUGGAACCGAACUUGUAG